GGAAACUGAAAAACUUAAACCACACAUGGGGAUGCAUGCGGCUCAAGGAGAAACAACGUAGGACGAUGAGCAGCCUAAUUGGGCGUGCAUGCGUCGAUCCAGUUCCAGUCUGACCGGCGAAUCCACGCUUUCAGGGCCGCCAAAUCGGCAGAUUUGUAAACCCGGACAGGGCGCGACUGCUCUUCGACUGCAAGAGGCGGGAGAACAACGCUACCAAGCGCAGCAUUGCGAUCCGCUAACUCGGCCGAAACUUCUGCAGACAUUAAAUCCGGCAUGUAAUGUUAAAUCUAACAAAUGCUUCUGACGAGUCGGUGGAGAGCGAGAAGGCUGAGACUCGCCAUGUUUCGACAAGCCCUCUUUGACAUCCAUACUCUGCAGUGCGUUCCAGUGGGGAUGCAAUCUCCAGAGGUGGUGCAGUCUCCAGCCGUGGUGCAAUCUCCAGAGAUCCGUGUGCUAGAGGCUCUGGGUGUGAUGACUGAGUCAUUCGACGGAGUCGCUAAACCCGAUGGGCCAAAUGAUCGUGGGAAAGCUUUCUCGUCUUAUUCUGUUGCUUAUUCUCCAGAUGCGGUGCAGUCUCCAGAUGGUGUGCUGGGUUCUGUUUCUUUUCUUCCUGGUGUUCAGAAUGAGGAGCUGCAGGACGAGGAGUUGCAGAAUGAGGAUUUACAGAGUGAGGAGGUGCUGAAUGAGCAGUUGCAUUAUUCUCAGCAUAUUGUUUCUUUGGAUUCCAGCUCUGAAGUUUGCCACGCUUCAUCUCCGGACGCUCUGUCGGAUUGUCUUGGGAAGGCUGGGCAGGAAGAUCUUAAGGUGUGGAAGGAGGUGGAGGAGGUGGUUUCUGUUUCUGUUGAUCCAGGUGUUCUGAAAGAGGAGUUGCAUGAUGAGGAGUUGCAGGGUGAGGAGUUGCAGAAUGAGGAGUUGCGGAAUGAGCAGUUGCAUUAUUCUCAUCAUAAAGAUGCUAUGGCUGCACACCCUGGGAGUUCCACGACUGGGAGUUUAUCUAAUGCAGUUGUGAGUUCAGCAGUGACGGAGGACGAGGAGAAACGGGACCAUGCAGAUUACUUGUAUCAGUUGGCGUGCAAUUUAAGGAGCAGGAAAUACUGUUUCCGCAAGUCUGGCUGGGUAAAGCUCGUUCACUCUUUCACGGCUGCCACGCUGUAUCGCCUUAUGGCCUCGGGUGCCGAGGAAAAGGCUGUGUUGCUUGAGUCGCUUCUUUGGGAUCGCGCGAGACCUGGUCCGAUAGCCAACUUGACCCAUCUGUCGACGGAUAUCAGAGUCUUUAUGCACCACAGACUCGUUCCCAAAAGCGUUACGAAAGCUAUGUACGACGUGUUGGAAUUUCAGGAUGAAUGGAUGCGUCGCAAAGUAAUGAACUACCGCGAGUUGGCGGCCAAGGUCGGACACCCAAUUGAUUGAGUGAUUGAGUGAUUGCACAUGCUUCUGUUUGUGUUUCUCCCCCACUCUUCCCCGCUGUUUUGCCCCUGGGUUCGCUUUGGCUCUUUGGGCUUCUCCCGCUCUCCCGCUGGCUUUCCUUCGCUCUCCGCUGGCAGGUCUCAUAAGUGGAUUUGUUAUUCUCUAGUCUUUGAACGUGACUUUCCGUGAUUUGUCACGUGGUGCCUCAAAGUAGGCCUUUGCUUUUAUUUUCAGUGGUGCUGAGACGGUAAUCGCUAUAUGUGGUUACUGCAUGGUCUCGCGCCGCUUUGCUUCCCUCUUUCUAUUUUUUUUUUGUCUUUUCGUGUAUUGGCAGUCUUGUGCAUAUCUGUACAGCUUAGCUGUUUGAUGCACCUCUGCUUUGAUCUUUGCAGCUUCGCUGUCUUCCUGUACAGCUUCGCUGUUUAGGUUCUUUGUGUUUAGGCCUGCUCCCAUGGGAGCUCGAACCGGCCUUCGCAAAAUACGCAAAAGACCAGGUUGACGGUUCACCGCCGGCGCCAUAUAUACCUCGUAGAGCUCUUCGUCAUCGAUGAGCUAGAGGAAUUCCGGCGCGGGGUGGAGCUAGUUGGUCGACCCGGCCAGAAAGGACAAUGUGUUAACUUUGGGUCAGUUUUGCGAAUAUUUGAAAGAUAUUUGACAAUUCACUUUGAGAAACCAGAUUUUUCGCACCUGUAGUGGGUUAUGCCGCGUCUGCCAGUCAAUUUCGCAGGUCCGUAGGUGCAGUAUUACUAUCAAAACACUUGGCGGAACCGUCUUUGGAUAAAAACAUAAAACGUGUUUUUUCGAGUUUUUCGGGUCUUGCUCCAGACGCUUCCUUCAUGUGUACCGAGGAGCGCCGUGCGAGAAAAGAGCUCUACGAGGGUCGCGGCGGUAACCUGGUUGCCUCCCUCCUCAGGGGUCUGGCGGCUGGGGGCUCCCGUUUGGGGCUCUCGUCUAGAGCGGCAUUUUGCCGUGCUGCUUUGUUUGGUUCUCAUUACCGUACACGGCCUGUGUAUCGUACGUGCUCAUUGAUUGUCGGCGAGCAGAUCCAUUGAUUGUCAAAGUACACACUUCAUUGACUGUCAGGGUACACGCUUCAUUGAUUGACGGUGUGCACGUUCAUUGAUUGUCGGAGUACACAUCAUUGAUUGCCGGAGUUUGCAUUCAUUGCGGUCGGAGUACACAUUCAUUGACUGUCGGAGUACAUCUUCACUGAGAGGCUGCACUUUGUUUGUAUUCUUUCAUUGUUUGUCUGAGUACACACUUCAUUGACUGUCGGAGUACAUCUUCAUUGAGAGGCUGCACUUUGUAUUCUUUCAUUGUUUGUUUGAGUACACACUUCAUUGACUGUUGCAGUACACGGUUUAUUGAUUGUCGGGGUACGCAUUCAUUUAUUGUGGGAGUACAUACUCAUUGAUUGUCGGAAUACACUUCAUUGACGGUGGGAGUACACAUCCACCGACUGUCGGAGUACACUUUCAUUGACUGUUUGGAGUUCGUAUUUAUUGAUUGUCAGAGUGCGCGUUUCAUUGCCUGCUUCAGUGUGCACGUCCAUCACGGCGUGGGAUUCACAAACCAGCCCCUCGUGGGAAAGUCGAAGGCUGCCUCCGAGUGUUGAGUCGAGUGAUUUCGGUUACCCACCAUCAGUUGCAAAGGGGGGGGUCGAGUGAUGUGGCGAUGGCAGAGACUGAGACUGGACGUAAACGGAUGAGGGAGGAGGAGCAGUCGGGAUCAGCAAAUCUGUUGAGUGAGCUUCAGAGAAUGAUGGCACAACAAGCGCAGAGUGUGACGGCGGCCGUUCUCACAGCAGUUGACGGGAAAAUCGAGACGGUCAAAACGGCAAUUACAGCGGUUGACAAUAAGGUUGAUGCCGUCCAAAAAUCUUUCAAUCAGGAUAUGCAGGCUCUCUCACGUAGGCAAGCUGAUCUGGGGACUAAGUUUCUGAAUCGUAUUGUUGGCAGCGACGGGGCGGCAUCGGAGACGCCCACUAGAGCGCCAGCGGCUUUAAACCAGGGGUCAGGCAUAGCUCCAGGGCGUUUCAACUUUCAGUGGGGGCCAAGUUUUGUUGAGUGCAAAAGGUGGAUUACUGAUGGGAGCAACCAUGGGUUGAGAUCCCGUCAGAUGAUGGCACAGGAUGUCCUGAUGACCCUGAUCAACUCAAUGAAACAAAGCAUCAUUCAGUCGGGAGAGUGGUGCAAGUGCAUCGACGAGGAGGCGACGACGAACGCAAACUCG